AUGUCUGAGAACGAUCAGAAGGGUGUCAAGUUUAUCCGGGCGUUACUGGUAACUACGGGAGCUGUCGCAACACUUGGGUUCUUAGUCCAGUUGUCGGAGGUCGCCUCCGAGUUCUUGGCCGCAGCCAGGGCAUGUUUCGGCCUUCCACUCUCCGUCCUGCUGGUAUACCUCGAAUUCCGACCAGUACCAUUGCUUCAACAAUACGCGUCCUUCUACUAUAGUUACAUGGGUCGCGCCCUCCUACAACUCCUCCUGGCAGUGAUGCUUUUGCCAGCAGGCUUUUUCCAAGUUUGCGCAUUUACAAUGCUCUUCAUGACCGGCUUUAUAUGCGCGGCACUCGAGUUGAGCUCUUCUGCGCCCGAGCUUCCAAGCUUCCGGAACGAUGGGCGGGCUUUGUCGAUCGGGGCUGAAGAAGACGACGAUAUGAUCUAA